CCAUGCGUCGCUAUUUAGCCUAGCAAGGGCACUCCAUUCCAGCAAGUUUUGGAUUUUAAUUUUAAUUUUGGGUGCUCUUUUCUCGGUACGGGGUCGCUUUUUCAACUGUGUUAUUUUUGUUCCGCGCAUCCCCCUCACACGACCAAUUCGCAUCCUCGCCCUGGUUCGUGCCAUCCGCACUAUCUCUUUCUCCCUCUUUCUUUCUUUUCUCCCUUCGCCCCUUCCAUCACCGCCCGUCCACCCGUCCACCCGUCCGCCAGUCCAUCCCCCAUGUCCGCCUCACACCCUCGGCCCAGAUGUGGUCUGAGGUCACGCUCAUCCCCAUCCGCAUCCAAACCCUCAUUCAAACCCUUCAUUACACGCUCAGCCAUCCUAAUUCUCUCCGUCCUGUCUCUCCUCACACCCGCUGCUGCCGACCCAGACCCCACAAGAACCAUCACCCUCUCGUACCUGGACGAAUCCGGCGCACUUAUCGACCAGCCCCAGACCAUUCAUUUUGCAGAUUGUCUCGCCCUCGACACCUCUCUACUCGAAUCCACCGAGGGCGUCUACUCCUCCGUUUCAGCCAGCGACCCCCAGGCUGCCCUCAAUCUCUAUGAAGACCAAUUCUGUCAAAUCCUCACCAGCUCUGCAGUUGGCAGGUGGAACAACGUUAGCCCUGUAGCCAACAUGGUCGCCAUCCGUUGGGAGGGGACCGCGCCUGCAGAUAUGACUCCUGGAACUCUCAGCCCAAAUGCAUUCCCCAAGGAAAUGACUGUCCAGACUCAAGGACCAGACCCGGACGCAGAUCCUGUUGUCUUUGUGAUGGACCCGUCCAGGGGCCGAUUAGUCGUUGGCCUUGUGGCCGCUGUCCUCGUGGUUGGUGUGCUCAUUGGUGUCUACAAGGUCUACGUCGCAGCGCAGUUUACGCCUCCACCCAAGAAGCCAAAGAAGGAAAAGAAGCCCAAGGGUUUGAACACCAAGAAGAUCAAGAAGAAGGACGCGUAUUUCAAGAAGCCUGACCGCAACGACCAGCAAUCGUUCCAGCGGCUGAAUAACGACUCCCCAGAGCCGUAUUCGAUCCGACCAUUGAUGACGGAGCGCGGUAUCAGGGACAGCCAGCUCUCGGAGGCGGCGACAUUUGUGGAUUGGAAUCAACAGAAAAGCGGCAACAAUCGCAUCAACGGUCCGGAUUCGGUGGCGAUCGAUAUGCACGAGACAACUGGUGCAAGGCCCUCGCCACUGCAUGUCCAGUCUGGAUCCUCGACUCUAAAUUUAAUCCAUUUCGACAGUGAUACAUCAACCGUAGGAGGCCCCGGUAAUAGCAACAGCAGCCACAACCGGGGCAGGGGAGGCGAGGUCCUAGUGCCGAUGCAUACCUUUGAGAGUAACUACCAGCACCCUCACCAACAGCAGUUUCAUCGAAGAUCGAGUAGUUCGCGUUCUCGAUAGAGUGGAGGAAGAGUGGAAGAAGACACACACAUAGUAAUAUAAUACCAAGCAUUAUGCAAAUAUACGCGAACACUUAUCUCAUCGAUAUGGCAGGCAGGCCAAGUGCGUGUAAUUGGCCUUUGGGAACCACGACAAGGGACACGUCCUGACGGGUGAAUGGUGUGUAUGGAUGGAAUGGGAUGGAUACAUAUUCAUAUAUAUUUUUAGCCGGCCAUCCCAUU